AUGGCCGACGCGCUGGCUGCAGCGCAGCGCGACUGGAUGCGUGAGCGGAGGACACUACAGAGCCAGCGCGACGAGUACAUGCGCGAGGCCAUGGAGUUGCGUGUCCGGCUGGCGUCGGCGGCAACGGUGUCGACGGCCGAGGCGGCGGCGGUGGCGGCGGCCGGAGAGGCGGCUGUCCGCGCUGCGGCCGACGCAGCCACCAUAGCUGAGCAGGCAGAGACAAUAGAGAGCCUACGCGCCAAAGUCAAGGCCCUCGAGUCGCGAAGCGCCGCCCAGGAGGACGAGCUGGCGCUGGCCCGUCGCAGGGCUGACUCCCGCGCCGCCGAGCUCGACUCGCUCUGCACCGAGUUUGCGGCGUCGCGGAGCCGGUACGAGGAGUUGAUGGAGAGCUCGGCCAAGUUGAGCCAAGCUGUGGAGGUUGCUGCCGCCGAGGUCGAGGCUGCCGAAGCCGCCCGCAUUGCAGCCGAGGAGCGGGCGGCCAAGGCUGAGCGCGAGGCUGCUGACAGCGCCGCCGCCCUCCGCGCCGAGCUUGAUGCCGUCCACCGUAACAUGGAGCAGUUGCAGGCUGCCGCCGAGGCCGCUGCAGCUGUUCCGGACCUCCGCCGUACCCUGGCUGCGGUCGAGGCCGAGCGCGACAUGGCGAUGCAGGAGGCCAAGGACGUGGAGAAGCGACAGGCUGCCGCUCGGCGCGGUUGGGAUGACGAGCGCGAGGCCCUCAAGACUCAAGUCCUCAAGGCUCGCGAGGACCGGUUCAACCAGCUUGGAGAGCUCAAGGAACGGCUGCGCGAGGCCCGAGACGAGGCAACUGCCGAGGCCGAGCGCCGGCAGGAGCUCUUCCGCAUCUUUGAGUCCAAAAUCGCCAAGCUCAAGGCCGAGAAAGACACCAUGGUCGAGGCCACGUCCGAGAACGUGCGCGCGCAGGCAAGUCAGAUUCAAGUGCUCGAGGCUGAGCUCGACGCAGUCAAGCGCGAGCUGACCGAAGCCACUACCGCGUACGCCAAGGACAAAGAGACAUGGCUCGACGCCAAUCGCGACGCCGAGGAUCAGAUUGCCCGGCUCAACUCACUCGUCGGCGAGGCGGAGCUUGCCCGCAUCAACCACCGCGACGAGCUUGCGCAAGCUGUUGCCGACGCCAACGCCGCUCGCGCCGAUGCAGCUCGUGCUGCACAGGUUCUUGCAUCGGAGCGUGAUGCGGCCGCCAGCGCCUUGUCGGCGCAGAUCGAGGCGAGUGUACUGGAAGCACGCGCCAUUGCCGCUGCUCGGGAGCGCGAGCUCCUCGCCGAGCUCGACGCCGUCCGCGCCGAGGCGUCGGCCAACCUGCAGCGGGCAGCAGCAACGGCCAAGCGGCAGCUGGCACAGAGCGAGGCAGCGGCUGGCGCAGCUGCGGCCAAGGCUGCUGCUGCUGCUGCUCACCGGUCGGCACAGGCGCUGGAUGUGCAGCAACUGAACGAGCAGCUUGCCGAGUCGCGCGACAACGAGAGCGUCCUGCAGCGCCACGUUGUCGACGCCGAGGCUAAGCUUGCCGCCGCGGCCGAGGCUGCUACUGAAGCCAAGGCCCACAUUGCAAGGCUCGAGCUGCAGCUUGCCCGCGAGAAGCGGCAGGCGCUGAGCUCGGGAGGCUCGUCCGGCGCCAUGAGCGCAGGCGUGCCAAGCGCACGCCUCCGCGAGCUCGAGUCGGAGCUCCAUCAGGCCAAGGCUGCCGCUGAGGCCGCCACUGCCGACGCAACUGCUCAUAAGCAGUCGGCCGAGCGAGCAGCGGCUGAGAUCAACGAGGUACGCACUUUGUGCGACGAGCUUCAGGAUGCGCUCAAGACCACGCGCGUCGCGCAUGCAGCUGCAGAGGAAGCCGCUGCCGCCGCGCGCGCCGAGGCUGCAGAGGCCCGGGCUGCAGCCGCGAGCGCCCGUCGUGCCGCCGUCCCGCGCAUCCCAAUCGAAGGCGGCGCCUCCGACCUCACUUCGGUGGUGCGAGAGGGUCACGGCUCGUUCGCACAGUUUGUCCAGCUCCGGCGCGAGCUGGAGCAGUGCCAGGAGCACCUGCGAUCGGCGCGCGAAGAGAACCGCGCACUCCGCGCCGCGGCUAUUUUGCAGACGCAGACGCAGACGCAGACGCAGACGCAGGCGCAGGCGCCGACCAGCAUUCGGCAGCCGUCACCGCCGCAGGCGGCGCGGUUGUCGAUGCGAACACGCGUGGCAGCGCGGCCGGGUGGACGGCCAGGACGACCGGCAACAGCAAGCGUGGCGCGGCCGCCAAGGAACCGCAAGCCGGUCCGACCGCCCGGUGCGCCUAUGACAGCGCGGCUCGGCCCGCGGACGGCGCGGCUGACAGGGAGCUCAUGAGACGCAGUAUUUAUGCCUCGGGCGCAACGUCCUCGAGCUUGCACUCGCCGCGGACAACGGCGCAGGCGUCGUCACGGGCGACGCCAUCGUCCAUGCGCGCGGCAUCAAGGGAGCUGAGGGCGGCCUCAAACUUGGACUUGAGACCGUGGGCAAGAAUGCGACGGCGGAGGUGCGGCGGCAUCGAGGUGUAG